GGACCAGGCUCUUCUACGAGUCUCUGCUGGGUGAUUGAGCUCCACAUCGUCUCUGUUAGACAAGACACAAGGUAGUGCUCAAGCUUAGAUAUUUCUUUGAACCUUGUUUGAGAAGACGUCCAGCAUCCAUCAAAGAAUUCCGACAUCUUGCUGGUACAAGAGGCCACUCCUUGUGAGGUGGUUCUACUCCAAGUCUCCUUCUGCAUUCGUUUGUUGGGCGACAACAAGCGCCUGCUGAAGGCAGUUCCUCAGGAUGUCUCUGUCUUGGUUUCUCCUGGGACGUGAGAGGUGUCGCUCUUCUACCAGCCUCCACCUGAUGACUGACCUCUUCCCUUCAGAAGCUCCGGCUUCAUCAUCUGUUUGUGUCUCCUGCAGGAUGCACACUUGAACGUGGACAAAUGAAGGUGAUAAACCUUAUGAUCAAGUUUGGACUGUAAGAAAAGUCCCGGUUCUCAUGCAGGUUCAGAGGAUCAGUCACGCUGGGCGCUGGUCCUUCAGGGUCACAGCAGGUCGGUAAUGUUCCGACAGGAAGUCCCGCCACCUCCUCCUCCUCUGUGCUAAUGAAGCCCUCGGGACCUUCUGGAAAGCCCUGGAACUGAAUAGCGUCCAUCCCGUCCAAAACCGCCGCCGCCUCCUCUUCUUCUCUGAGUCCCAGCGACCCCGGCACCCCUGGCUCUGCCGCUGGUUACCAUGGCAACGUGGUGCACUGGAACAGGACGACGACUUGACCAGAUGUCACGACGACGUGCUGCGGGGGCAGCACUGAGUCUUGUCAUCUCUGAGUCCGACUCGCUUUCUGUUGACCCGGGGAACCUCCUCCUGCUGCUGCUGGAGACGCUGGGCUGCUGCUGUCCCGGACCACUGGAGCUGUGGACUACCGCGGGACGCCUUCUCUCGGAUAUGUGCUCGCCAUCUCUCUGACUCAGGAUUGUUUUCUUCUGACCCGUGAUGGAUCACACUCUGUUCGGGUGCCUGCGGAGCCCCCACACCCCGGCCCAGACACUGCAUCCCGCCUUCACCCAGUCCCCCCUGGCCCUCCACGGACGCUCGGACCACGUCUCCUACCCGGACCUGGCCUCGUCCUCCUCCUCCUCCUCCACCUCCUCUCCGGCGCCCUGCAUCAUCUCCAGUUAUGAGGAGGGUUUGUUCCCGGGUCAGCACCACCACCACCACCAUCACCACCACCCUCACCGGGCCCACCUGCCCCCUCAGCAGCAUCACCCCCCGCCCCAGCACCGUCCCACCUGGCACGUGCCUCAGAUGCCCUCGCCAGGUAACGGCGCCCGACACAGCCUUUGCCACCCUCACGUGACUCACGACGGCGGACCCUCAGACCUGGUUCACCCAGGCGGGCCCAGCUUGUGUGCCAGCACCCCAAGUCUGGGUGGCAGCAGCGCCCCGACCGGAGCCUCAUGCGUCACCUCAGACUUCGGGCGACAGAGUCUGUCGCCAGCCGAGGCUGAGAAGAGGAGCGGGAAGCGCAAAAGCGACAGUUCAGAGUCUCAGGACGGGAACUACAAGUCGGAUCUGAGCAGCAAGCCCAGGAAGGAGCGGACGGCGUUCACCAAGGAGCAGAUCCGGGAGCUGGAGGCCGAGUUCGCCCACCACAACUACCUGACCCGGUUACGGCGCUACGAGAUCGCCGUCAACCUGGACCUGACGGAGAGACAGGUCAAAGUCUGGUUCCAGAACCGGAGGAUGAAGUGGAAACGAGUGAAGGGCGGCCAGCAGGGGGCAGCAGCUCGAGAGAAGGAACUGAUCAAUGUGAAAAAAGGGACGCUGCUGCCGUCCGAGUUCUCGGGCAUCGCAGCGCUGCAUCACUCCACGGACUCGCUAGCGAACGAGGACAGUCAGGACAGCGACCACAGCUCAGACCACGCCCACUUAUGAUGCAGUCACCGCGGGCCAUGGCCACUCAGAGCCGCGGGAGGAGCGCGGCCUGCCGAUCGUCGCACUACGAUGCUAAAUAAGUGUACAGACGGAGAGGAGGAUUGGGACCCGCUGCUGGGUGGAGAACUGUCACAUGUAUCUUUGUUGGCGUGAUGUUAGCGCAGACAUUUGUGGAAUUCGAAAUGUAAAACAUGAA